AUGUCUCCUGAAGAGAAAGCCGAUGCUACAGGAAGAUACUUCUUGCCUCGCAAUGUUGAAGAAGCCGAGCGCAUGCAAAACCAGCACGAGUGGCUGAAAGGUGGUGCUGACGGUCUUGUAUUGGCCCCAAUUGACCUCAAGCGUCAUGGUAUGCGUGUUCUCGAUGCCGCUACUGCCGAUGGGUACUGGAUGCAAGAUGUGAGACCGGUCUUUCCGGAGGGUACCGAGUUCCUAGGAUUCGAUAACGCACCAGAAGGUUACCCGCCGCUGGACUCAAACCCUCCCCUUGAGAUUGUCAAGCAAAGUCUGGUAGAGGAAUUCCCGACCGAGUGGAGCAAUGCGUUUGACUUUGUCCACCAGCGAUUCGUCAUCCCAUUGUUCAAGGCCGAAGAAGUACCUUUGGUAUUGUCCAAUCUGACCGGAUGCGUCAAGCCUGGUGGAUGGAUUCAGCUCGUGGAAAUGGACUUCCAGACCCCGGUUUCUGAGCCAAUCGAGGAGUGCAAGGCAGUUCAAACGGUCCACAAGUUGACUAGUGGGGUGGUGUCGGACCCUCUCGCUGCCACCAAGCUUGCUGGCCGACUCAGUGAGAAUGGAUUCGUGAAUGUUGGAUACAAGGCUGUGGAUAUGGUCGCUGGCUCGGCCAAUGCCGAUCCCGAAAUGGGCAAGCGAGGUGCUCGUAACAUGUUGUCGGUGCUUGGAUUCUUCCAAUCUGUUGCCAAGCCUGAGAUGAUUGGGCUGACACAGGAGGAGUGGGCGGAGUUGCCCCAGAAGUUUGCGGAGGAAAUGGAGAAGCACAAAGUCGCGCUGCGGGUCUACUUCGUCUGGGGACAAAAGCCAGAAAGUGCCUGA